AGAAAAGUCUGCAAGCACAAACACGUUCUUAGCAAAAAAUAAUUCCAUUUCUCCAAGUCAUUUCAUUAAUCAAUUUACAAAAAAGAAAACCCACCGUUUUAUUUUCUUUCUCAGAAAGAACCCACAAGCUGUGAUCUCAAAGACCCAUUAGCUGAACAAAAGUCUUUGUUCAGAUCUUCAAAAAUUUUAAAUUUGCAAAUUCAAUCGUAGAUUCCUCCUAAUUGUUACAGAUUUCAUUAGCAAUGGCAGUGAAAGGGAGGCAUUCCCGAGUUGGGCCUAGGAAAUCGUCGAAUUCCACUCUAAUUUUUGGUGGGUUUAUUAUGUUAUCAUUUGUGGUCCUCAUUCUUCUCGCUUUCGGCAUUUUCUCCAUUCCCAGCAGUUCAAGAGGCUCUCAGAAAGCACACGAUCUUAGCUCUAUAGCACACAAUACAGUUCAAAGAGGUGAUGAUGAAGAUGAUGAUGGAAAAGGAGAUCAGUGGGUUGAAGUGAUUUCUUUGGAACCAAGAGCCUACAUUUACCAUAACUUUUUGUCCAAAGAGGAAUGCGAGUAUCUGAUUAGUCUUGCCAAGCCUCACAUGCAAAAGUCAACUGUUGUAGACAGUGCUACUGGCAAGAGUAAGGACAGCAGGGUCCGAACCAGUUCAGGAACCUUUCUUGCAAGAGGACGUGAUAAAGUGAUCAGGAAUAUUGAGAAAAGGAUUGCAGAUUUCACCUUCAUACCAGUAGAGCAUGGGGAAGGUCUUCAAGUUCUCCACUACGAAGUGGGGCAAAAGUAUGAACCCCACUAUGAUUAUUUUCUUGAUGAGUUUAACACUAAAAAUGGAGGUCAACGCAUUGCUACAGUUUUAAUGUACUUGUCAGAUGUUGAAGAAGGGGGUGAAACAGUAUUUCCAGCUGCGAAGGGAAAUUAUAGUGUGGUCCCUUGGUGGAAUGAACUAUCUGAAUGUGGAAAGGGUGGACUUUCAGUAAAACCAAAGAGGGGUGAUGCAUUGCUUUUCUGGAGCAUGAAGCCUGAUGCGACUCUAGAUCCGUCAAGUUUGCAUGGUGGGUGCCCUGUGAUUAAAGGCAACAAAUGGUCGUCAACAAAAUGGAUACGCGUCCAUGAAUACAAAGCUUAACCUACUGCUAGAGGUCCAGUUUUGAGUAUGGAUGCAGUCACUGUUGUGCUAUUUGUAUCAAAAGGAUAAUCUUAUAAUGAGGUCCCUCUGCUUUCAACCACCAUCACAUGAAGCUUCUGACUUAUUUUCUAGCUUGAUUUUACUAUGAUAGUACUCAUCUUCAACAUUCUUUUUCCUUUCUUUUCGAUAAAGUUGGAGCUUACAAAGUUGUAGUUGUUAUCUUUCAUCUGUGAGUUUAAUUAGAAUAAUAAAGUAUGAGAAGUUUUGUUGGAAUUAUGAGGUGUAUUCAUGGACAGCACAUCAGCUUAGAUGAUAUGGGAAUUAUAGCGAUUACACUCUGUAUCCUAUUUUAUUCACGCUAUACUUUACUUGGGGAGUUUUAACUCGUUUUUAGUUGACUAUGAUUA